GAAAAGAAAGCAUGGCAUUGAAAACAAAUGAUGAACAUCAUAAGGAGGAUAAAGCAAAACCUGCACGCCAUCCGUAUAUCCAUAAACCUUUCCUAUAUUCAAAGUACUACAGUGACUCAGAUGAUGAAGAAACUGUGGUUCAGCGACGACAGUCAGUUGCAAAAGAGAAAGCAGAGCGGUUACUCAGGAGACAGUGGAACAGGGAAAGGGUGGAGGAUAAACACCUAGAAACUGAUAAAGACAGAUUGCAAGAUGACACGAAGAGAGAGAGCGAAUGUAUCAAAACACUGGAACAAGGUAAUGAAAGUAGUUUGGAUAUCGAAAUCAGUUUGAAGAAAAUGCAGCAGUCCGCAACCUCAAUUUCAAAAGUAAGCAAAGCAACGUUGAAAGAACAAAGAGUCUUAGAGAAAAAAGUGGCAUUGAGAAAAAAACAAAAAGGACAUUCAAGAAAUAUAUCCGAGGAAUUUGCUUUGCACCAUGAAGAUCGAAAAAGGAAGCGUGAACAUCCUGAAGAAUUGAAGGAGGCGCUUAUUAAAUUGAUCACAGAAAAGGACAUGGAAAAUGCUUCUCCAUCCUCCACUUCAAAGGAAUCCAACUGUAUACAGUUCACAGAUUUGCCAUCAAAGCAUGUUGGACGCUCAGAGUCCAUUCAGUCAAAUGAGGACAGCACAAAUGAACCAGACGUGCAUCAUGAACCUUGCCAAAAACAUUUAAGAAGCAACUCUUUAGCUCAGGAUUCGGAUCUGAAAGUAUUGAAAGCAACUCAAGUUGAUAAGGUUAAAAUAAAUGAUUAUGAAAUGGAUACAGAUGCCAGCAGUAAAGAAUUAUCAAGGCAGAAAGCUGAAGGAAGGCAAGUCAGAGAAACUGAUGAUAGUGAACUUGUGGUAUCUGAGAAUGGUUCAAAGGCAGAUACUUGCACAGACAUUGAUCAGAAGUUGAGAGAUUUUCCAGAGGAGAAAGCCAAGUCCAAUUGCAGUCGCUUAAUGCUGUUGAAGGGUGAUAGAGCUGUGGUCUCUCCAACCAUUUGUGAAGACUUACCUGUAGCAGAGCAUGGCAAAAAUGCCAAGUCUAGAGAACUAUCAAAAGUAAAGGAAGAAAAAGGCAUCGAGAAAGGAAAAGAAAAGAGACAUGAUUCUGAAAACCUGCGAUCAAAAUCCAAGGAAAACUCACAGCAAGAUAACAAAAGCCAUGAGAAGUGCAAAGAAAAGAGGCAUGAAUUUGAACAUUCACACUCAAAAUCCAAGGAGAACACGCAGGAAGAUAUUAAAGGCGGAGAGAAGAGAAAUAACUCUGAAAAUUCUAGAUCAAAAUCAAAAGAAAAUAUGCAGGAAAAUACAAAAGGCAAAGAUAAAAAGAAAGAAUCUGAGCAUUCUUUGUCAAAAUCCAAGGAAAAUGUACAAGAUGAUAAGGGACAUGAAAAAGGUAAGGAAAAAAGAAGGGAGUCUGAACGCUGUCGGUCAAAAUCCAAGGAAAACUUGCAAGAAGAUGCUAGAGGUCAUGAAAAAGGUAAGGAAAAGAGGAAUGAAUCUGAAUACACUCGGUCAAAAUCCAAGGAGCAUAAACUAGACAAUGCUAAAAACAAGGAGAAGAGAAAUGAAUAUGAACACUCACGAUCAAAAUCUAAGGAAAACUUGCAGGAAGAUUCUAAAGGAAAUGAGAAAAGCAAAGAAAGGAGGCAUGGAUCUGAAAAUUCACGAUCGAAGUCUAAGGAAAUCAUACAGGAAGAUACUAAAGUUAAUGAGAAAAGCAAGGAAAGGAGAAAUGAAUCUGAAAAUUCACGUUCAAAGUCCAAGGAAACUAUACAAGAAGGUACGAAAAGCAAAGAUAAAAGAAAGAAUUUUGAAAAUUCUAGGUCUAAAUCAAAAGAACACUUGCAAGAAGGUGUGGAAGGCACAAAGAGCAAUGAGAAGGGAAUAGAAAAAAGACAGAAAUUUGAAAAUUCACGGUCAAGAUCCAAGGAAAAGGUACAGGAAGAUAUUCAGGGUAAUGAGAAAGGAAUCGAAAAGAGGCGCAACUUUGAAAACUCUCGAUCGAAGUCCAAGGAACACUCAGAAAACAUGCAGGCAAAAUGCAAGGAAAAAGUACAGGAAGAUGUUCACAAGAGUGAGAAAAGAGUAGAAAAGAGACGCGAUUCUGAGAGCUCUCGCUCAAAACCCAAAGAAUAUUCGGAGAACUCGCGCUUAAAAUGCAAGGAAAAAAUGCAGGGUACUGAGAAAGGAAUAGAAAAAAGAAGCGAUUAUGAAAAGUCUCGUUCAAAAUCUAAAGAAAAAGCACACGAAGAUACUCGUACCAUGGAAAAAAUGAAAGAAAAACGUGAUGAAACCGAAGAUGUUCGGUUAAAAUCUAACACAAAGGUUCAAGAAGAUAUUCGAAACAACGAGAGAGGGAACAAACCUGAAAACUCUCUAUCAAAGUUUAAGGAAAAUGUCCAAGAUACAAAAGGUAACAGAAAAGAAUCUGAAUCUAAGUCAAAAUCUAAGGAAAGUGUAGAAGAUAUAAAAGUUAACGAAAAGCAAAAAGAAAAUGAUUCUGAACAUUCACAGUCAAAAUUGAAGAAAAAUAUACAGGAAGACAUUCAAUAUGAUGAAAAAGGAGAGAAACGGGGAAAUGAUACUGAAACUUCUCAGCUUAUGAAAGAAAUCUUACAAGAUGUCAAACUAAAAGAAAUUGUACAAGAUACAAAGUCAAAGAGUUCACAAAAUGCAAAAUCAAAAGAAAACUCACAAGAUACAAAAUCAAAAGAAAGCUCACACGGUACAAAAUCUAAAGAAAAAUCACAUGAUAUAAAAUCAAAAGAAGGUACCCCAGAUACAAAGUCAAAGGAAAAUUUGCCAGAUACAAAAAGAAAAGAAAGUUCCUCAGAUCUAAUAUCAAAAGAAAAUGUAUCUGAUAAAAAAACAAGAGAACAUUUGCCAGAUACAAUCUCAAAAGAAAUUUCACUAGAAAUAAAAUCUGAAGAAAAUUUGCCAGGUCCAAUAUCAAAAGAACAUUUGCCAGAUACAAUGUCAAAAGAAGGUUGCCCAGACAUAAAAUCAAAAGAAUGUUUGCCAGAUACUGAAGCUGAAGAAAAUUCACCAGGUACAAUGUCAAAAGAAACUUCCGCAGCUUCAAAAUCAAAAGAAAAUUCACCAGAAACAAAAUCAACUGAUAAUUUGCUAGAUGUGGAAUCAAAAGAAAGUUUAGCUGAUCCAAAAGCAAAAGCAAGUUUGCAAAAUAUAAAAUCAGAAGAAAAUUCGGCAGAAACAAAAUUGAAAGAAAAUUUGCCGGAUACAGAUUCAAAAGAAAAUUUACCAGAAACACAAUCAAAAGAAAAUGUACCGGAUACCGUAUUGAAAGCAAGUUUGCCAGAUCCCAAAGCUCAAGAAAAUUUGUCAGACACAGAAUCUAAAGAAAAUUCACUUAAAACAGAAUCGAAAGAAAGUUCACCGAUUACAGAAUCGGAAGAAAAAUCACCUGAAACAGAAUCGAAUGAAAAUUCAACCAAAGCAGAGUCGGAAGAAAAAUCACCUGAAACAGAAUCGAAUGAAAAUUCACCCGAAGCCGAGUCGAAACAAAAUUCACCCGAAGCAGAGUCGAAACAAAAUUCACCCGAAGCAGAGUCGAAACAAAAUUCACCCGAAGCAGAGUCGAAACAAAAUUCACCCGAAGCUGAGUCGAAAGAAAAUUCACCCGAAGCUGAGUCGAAAGAAAAUUCACCCGAAGCUGAGUCGAAAGAAAAUUCGCCCGAAGCUGAGUCGAAAGGAAAUUCACCCGAAGCUGAGUCGAAAGAAAAUUCACCCGAAGCUGAGUCGAAAGAAGAUUCACCCGAAGCUGAGUCGAAAGAAAAUUCACCCGAAGCUGAGUCGAAAGACUAUUCACCCGAAGCUGAGUCGAAAGAAAAUUCACCCGAAGCUGAGUCGAAAGACAAUUCACCCGAAGCUGAGUCGAAAAACAAUUCACCCGAAGCUGAGUCGAAAGACAAUUCACCCGAAGCUGAGUCGAAAGACAAUUCACCCGAAGCUGAGUCGAAAAACAAUUCACCCGAAGCUGAGUCGAAAGACAAUUCACCCGAAGCUGAGUCGAAAGACAAUUCACCCGAAGCUGAGUCGAAAGACAAUUCACCCGAAGCUGAGUCGAAAGACAAUUCACCCGAAGCUGAGUCGAAAGACAAUUCACCCGAAGCUGAGUCGAAAGACAAUUCACCCGAAGCUGAGUCGAAAGACAAUUCACCCGAAGCUGAGUCGAAAGACAAUUCACCCGAAGCUGAGUCGAAAGGAAAUUCACCCGAAGCUGAGUCGAAAGGAAGUUCACCCGAAGCUGAGUCGAAAGGAAAUUCACCCGAAGCUGAGUCGAAAGGAAAUUCACCCGAAGCUGAGUCGAAAGGAAAUUCACCCGAAGCAGAGUCGAAAGGAAAUUCACCCGAAGCUGAGUCGAAAGGAAAUUCACCCGAAGCUGAGUCGAAAGGAAAUUCACCCGAAGCUGAGUCGAAAGGAAAUUCACCCGAAGCGGAAUCGAAAGGAAAGACACCCGAAGCCGAGUCGAAAGGAAAUUCACCCGAAGCAGAAUCGAAAGGAAAUUCACCCGAAGCAGAAUCGAAAGGAAAUUCACCCGAAGCAGAAUCGAAAGGAAAUUCACCCGAAGCUGAGUCGAAAGACAAUUCACCCGAAGCUGAGUCGAAAGACAGUUCACCCGAAGCUGAGUCGAAAGACAGUUCACCCGAAGCUGAGUCGAAAGGAAAUUCACCCGAAGCUGAGUCGAAAGGAAAUUCACCCGAAGCUGAGUCGAAAGACAAUUCACCCGAAGCUGAGUCGAAAGACAAUUCACCCGAAGCUGAGUCGAAAGACAAUUCACCCGAAGCUGAGUCGAAAGACAAUUCACUCGAAGCUGAGUCGAAAGACAAUUCACUCGAAGCUGAGUCGAAAGACAAUUCACCCGAUGCAGAGUCGAAAGACAAUUCACCCGAAGCUGAGUCGAAAGACAAUUCACUCGAAGCUGAGUCGAAAGACAAUUCACCCGAAGCUGAGUCGAAAGACAAUUCACCCGAUGCAGAGUCGCAAGACAAUUCACUCGAAGCAGAGUCGAAAGCAAGUUUGCCAGAUACAAACGAAAAUACACAGCAUGGUUCAGAAAAUAUAAAGAUGGAAGCUUUAAUAGAAGAGAGUGGUGAAAUCUCUGAAGUUCAGGAUAAUGAAGAAAACCCUGCAAAGGAAAUACCUGCAAGUAAGCAAGAUGUUGAAACUUCACAAAACAAAACAGAUGAUUGUGAAGCACUCCUGUCAGGCAAACCAGAACUAGUGGAGAAAUUACCUCACGAUGAUAUACCAAGGCCAAAGAAAUUAAAUAUUCCUCAAGAUUCUGGUGCACCUCGAUCUCUUCGUCCUUGUGAGACUAUUUCUUCUGAUAUUCCCAGUAUGAAUAAUUCAAGUCUUCCAAAUCCUGUUAUGCGAAUUGCACAGUUUGACCCUACUACACCAGCACUCGAUGAUGAUUUUAACUAUGAGGCACCCUCUGUUGUCCAAAAACUAACUGAACCUACUGUAGAGACCUCAGAGCAGCAAGAGCUUCAGACUACAGAAAAGUGUAAAGAGCAUUCAAAAGAACAGCAACAAACUGAAGAACCUGAUACCAAAACUGACCUUUCCAAUGCAAAGACUCAAGAUGAUUUACCGGUUCAGCAGAAUACAGUUUCUGAAGUCAACAAGAUUGGCAGUUCUGAUAAGAAACCUGAAGAUGUGGAAGAACACCGUGUGGAAAAUGCUGAAGAACAAAGUUCUGCUCGAAGAGAAAGAAAACCUAAGCGUCCAUACACUCCAGUUGAAAACCCUUGCAAAAGGAGGCGCCUUGAUUUGGAGGAGAAAUCUGAAUCCGAGGACAGUGGUAAAUCUGAAGCUGUUCAAAAAGCAGUCAAGAAUCAGGAAGGUUUCAGACCAAGAGAGCUUCGAUCUAAAAUCUCUUCAAAACAAGAAGAAAAGAUGCUUGGAGAGAAAUCUGUAUCAGAGAGCGAAGGUAAAUUUGAACCUGUUAAAAAAGCAGGUGAAAUUCAAGAACAUUUCAGACCAAGAGAGCUUCGAUGCAAAAGCUCUUCAAAACAAGAAGAAAAGGUGCUUGAAGAGAAAUCUGCAUCAGAGGACGAAGGUACAUCUGAACCAGUUAAAAAAGCAGUAAUGGUUCAAGAAGAAAAUUUCAGACCAAGAGAGCUUCGAUGCAAAACCUCUUCAAAACGAGAAGAGAAGAAGCUUGAAGAGGAGAAAGCUGCAUCUGAGGACAAAGGUAAAUCUGAACCUGUUAAAAAAGCAGCCACCAGUCGAGAUGAUUUCAGACCAAGAGAGCUUCGAUGCAAAAGCUCUUCAAAACGAGAAGAGAAGAUGCUCGAAGAGAAAUCUGCAUCCAAGGACAAAGGUAAAUCUGAACCUGUUAAAAAAGCAGGUGAACUUGAAGAAGAUUUCAGACCAAGAGAGCUUCGAUGCAAAACCCAUUCAAAACAAGAGGAAAAGAAAACAAGAAGCCAGACAUCUGAUUUGAACGCUCAAAAUAAACCAACUACGCGAGCAGCCAAAAAAAUAAGCAGCCCUGAGCAUUUGGCAGUAUCUGAACGAGAAAGACGUUCAGCAACCUCAGCAAAAGAGAAGCCAUCGUCUGAUUCAAAGCCUGGGAAAUCUCCAGUAAUAGGUUUAGUUACAAGAUCAAGGAGUCAGCCAAGUCCUGUGACUAAACAAGGUCGCAAACGUGAAACUAGUCCGGUGGAACGCAGAAGGGGGCAGCAGAAAUCAGAAGUACCAGCAAAAAGGACAAAGCGGUAACUUUCUACUCUGGUUCAAUAAAAUUGUUAUAAGCUAUAAUGUACAUUGUAUAUUAUAAAUUAAGUUAUAUUCAUUGAUGUAGUUCUUAUGUAAGGGAACCAUGUAAAGUCAGUAUUGAUAGACUAAAAUGGUCUUCAACUUUUUACUGUACUUAAAAUAUCUGUUGUUUGUGUUGUAAAUGGGAAGUGGUGAGGAAAAUGUUAACAUGCUUUUGCCUGUAAUAACUUUCAAUUUUAAGUACGGACAAAGUUUUCAUUCUAUGAAUGUAUUUUAUUUUUUACCAAAUCCUAUUUAAUUGAGAAAAUUAUGUUUGCUGAUAAUGAGCACCCAAGGAAAGCAACUACGAGCAAUAUAAUACUGUACAUUAUUAUCUGUUUCUUCUUGUUAAUGUUCCAUUUGUUAAGACCUUGGAGUGGAUGACCAAAAUAUUUUGUACUCAACGAGUAAAAAAAAGUAUAAUCAAA